UCAUCAGUCCAAAAAUUUUGGAGAGAGAGAGAGAGAGAGAGAGAGAGAGAGAGAAUCAGAGAUGGGUCGCUUCUCCGUGGUUUCGCUGCUCCUAGUCCUUGUGAUCGGCUGUGCACAUGCAACCUUCGAUGAGGAGAACCCCAUCAAAUUGGUUGUAUCAGACGGUCUUGGUGAGUUGGAGACCUCCGUUCUCCAAAUCGUCGGUCAAACCCGCCACGCCCUCUCCUUUGCCCGCUUCGCUCACAGGUAUGAGAAGAAGUAUGAGACGGCGGAGGAGAUCAAACUCCGAUUCUCGAUCUUCUCGGAAAACUUGAAAAUGAUUAGAUCGCAUAACAAGAAGGGCCUUUCUUACACUCUUGCUGUUAAUAAAUUUGCUGAUUGGACAUGGGAAGAGUUCAGUAAACACAGGUUGGGAGCUGCUCAAAACUGCUCUGCCACCUUGAAGGGCAACCACAUGCUCACUGAAUCUGUUCUUCCAGAAACGAAAGACUGGAGAGAAGUGGGCAUUGUCAGCCCUGUCAAAGAUCAAGGCCAUUGCGGAUCUUGCUGGACAUUCAGCACCACUGGAUCUCUGGAGGCAGCUUAUGCACAGGCAUUUGGGAAGGCAAUCUCUCUAUCCGAGCAGCAGCUUGUGGACUGUGCACAGCCUUUCAAUAACUUUGGUUGCAAUGGUGGAUUGCCAUCUCAAGCCUUUGAGUACAUCAAAUACAAUGGCGGCCUUGACACCGAAGAAGCAUAUCCUUACACUGGAAAAGAUGGAGUAUGCAAAUUCUCAUCAGAAAAUGUUGGUGUCCAGGUCUAUGAUUCUGUUAACAUUACCCUGGGUGCUGAAGCUGAACUAAAGCAUGCAGUAGGAACUGUUCGGCCAGUGAGUGUGGCAUUUCAGGUGGUGAAAAGUUUUCGAUUUUACAAGGAAGGAGUUUUCACAAGUGACACAUGUGGCAGCACUCCCAUGGAUGUGAACCAUGCUGUUGUUGCAGUUGGGUAUGGAGUUGAAAAUGGUGUCCCAUAUUGGCUCAUUAAGAACUCAUGGGGAGCAGAAUGGGGUGAGAAUGGCUACUUUAAAAUGGAGAUGUGGAAGAACAUGUGCGGUAUUGCAACUUGUGCAUCGUACCCCAUUGUGUAUCAGCAUAAAUGUUUGUGAAGAAUUGGUCGCCUUUUUCUCUGAAAGAUUGAAGUUCCAUCUUCUGCAGUAUGGAUGUCCUCUAUAAGGAGUAGAAUUAUGUUGUACUGAUAAUACUUCAGGCCUUGUGUACAAAAUAAGAUCCAAAACAAUUGUUGCUAUUAAUGCCUUAAUGGCGUGAAUGUGGUGCGAUCCAAAAUGACCUCAUGUAAAUUUCCUUUAUAAAUGGUCCGUCAUAGCUUUUAAUUAA